AUUCAAAAAAUGGCUCGUCACUUCAAAGAAAAGGAAAUUGAUGAAUGUCGCGAAUGUUUUUACCUUUUUGCGCGUUCCGGGACCAUCACGAUGCUCGACGAGUUGACUGUGAUAAUGCGUUCGCUCGGUCUUUCGCCCACAAUUCACGAGCUGCGUUCAUAUUUGAAGAAAAAGGGAGGUCGCUUGACAUUUGCUGACUUUUUGGACAUUAUGCACGAUCACAGCACAAAAGAAAGACUGCCCGACGAAAUUCUCGAAGCCUUCAAAGCGGGCGAUUUGGAUCGCAAAGGAACAAUUUCCGCACGACAUUUGCGCCAUUUGCUGCAAAAUUGGGGCGAGGGCUUGUCCCAACGUGAGAUUGACAACAUUUUCCGCGAGGCAAAUGUCCAAAGUAACAAUUCGCAAAUCCGUUAUGCGGACUUUGUGAAGAUUUGCUGCGCUCCCGUGCCGGAUUAUUAUUAAAAAAAUUACGAAAAAAAAUCAGGGCUGCAAAAAUUUAUGACUUGAACUUAAGCUUACGAAACUUAUGUGACUUAAACUUAAAUUUUCACUUAAUUUUAAGUCAGAAUUAAACUUUAACUUAAGAUUUUAAGUCAAACUUAAACUUUAACUUAAGAUUUUAAGUCAAACUUAAACUUUAACUUAAUUUCUUAAGUCAAACUUAAGCUUAAGUUCAAAAAAAAAGUUAAAAAUAAGUCAAAAGUCAAUUUUUUUUUUUGAAGUUUCGAGAAAAUUUUCAGGAUAGAAAAUACUUUAAGUCAAAAAAAACUUAAACUAAAAAGCUAUUUUACUUUUACUUAAGCUUUAAGUCAAAUCAAGUUAAAAUUAAAAACUUAAUUUUUCCAAAAAUUAAAAUAACUUUUUAAAAUAAAAAAAAAUGUUCAUGAAAAAAAUUGAAAUUUUUGGAAAAAUUAAGUUUUUAAUUUAAACUUAUUGACUUAAGUUAGGUUAAGUCAUUAAGUAUAGUUUUGACUUAAAGUAUUUUUGUCCCUGAGAAAAGAUAUUGUUUUGAAAAAAUCGUAAAUUAAGUCAAACUUAAGCGAUUUAAGUCAAACUUAAGUGACUUAAGUCAAACUUAAGUGACUUAAGUCAAACUUAAGUGACUUAAGACAAAUUUAAAUGACUUAAGUAUCAAAAAAAUUUUACUUUUGACUUAAUAAGUUUUGCAGCCCCACAAAAAUUACAAAAUUGAGUGAUUUCGCACUGAUCGUGAUAAAAAUUUCUUCCAAGGUGGUGGUUUUCGGGACACAAACAGACACAGUAUUUAACGUAUUUUAUGUAUUUUUGCAAUUUUUUUUACUAGAAUUAAUUAAAAAUAUUUGAAUGAAGCUAUAAACCGGCCUUAACUAUCUUCAAAAUGACUAAAUGUUCGCCAAUAAUCCGUCGUUCCAUGAAAAUUUCCGCCCGAAAUUGACGUUUUUUCAA